AUGGGCGAGGUGGGAAUGGUGUCCGCCGAACAGCAGCCCAUGCAUCAGCGAAGGAAGUGGGUUCCGAUGUCGGAGGAUGAGGGGAAGGAGAGGAGGGAGCAGCAACGGCUGUGGUACCGGCGGCGGAGGGCACAGAUGACUGAAGAAGAGAUCGCCUAUCAGAAUGAGCGACGGAGGUUGAGGUACAGGCUGAGGAGGUUGAGGGCGAGCGCUGAGCAAACGGUCAGAGCCCUGUACGAUCUUCCAAUAUUGGCCAUGGGAGGAGGACAAAACUCCAGGGCAUAUGGUGAGAGGGUCCUGGAGGAGAAUGAACGACGAGGGCAGCUGGGGUUUUACGAGUCGAACGCCCAGACGACCGGUGGACUCAUCGAUCUUCAUGAUGCGCAGCAGAAGUUCAAAGAUGAACAACCAAGAUGGGAGUUGGACGGCGGCGCACAAGUAAGAGAAAGUGGGGGUCGGCAACAUCAGUGGAGGUGGAAAGUGGAAGCAAGGAAGGGAAGGGGCGACAUGGCGGACGAUCCACCCUCCGACUUGAGUCUAGUCGUCAGAGGUCCUACCGUAGUUAGAGUGGAUCCCCAAUCUGAUGACUCUGAGACAACUGAAACUGACGAGAGUUUUCAGGGCAUGCUUUCGCCUAGCUCCUUUGGAUCUCUUACGAUGAUCAGUCGACCAGCAGAUGGUGACCUCCCUAUGUGCCCGGGUGAAGGUAUAUUGAUGCCCUAGUCACAGUUAUAGCUCCAUGAUUGGUCUGUUCAUUUGUAAGUCUCAUUUCUUUUAUGCAUUCUGAAAUCAGCCAUGUCCAAGGCUCCACCAUUAGAGGAAAAUUCUCGGCUGCAUUCAACUGUUCCUAA